UACGUUUAGGCUUCAAAGCACGCUUUAGAAACAGGAAAGCAAAAAGUUAUCAUUUGUUUUGUAAAGAAAACAGAUCAGAUAACGGGUCCAGUUGCGUUUCUUUCAAUGCAGCUGAUUUUCGAAGGGAGAAUGAUAAGAGGCUUCGCGAAAAUAUAGGCUAAGAAAGGAUGGGAGCCCGUUGACAAAAUCGUUUUUCCUGUUGAGUAGCCAAAGAAGAGGCAGUGUGUUUAAUAGUGAAAUAUAUGUGUAACAGCAAAGCAUUUACACGUAAACUAACACAACUAAGCAGGACCACCAGGACGCCCAGGUAGACCAGGCUAUCCUGGUCACGGUACCAAAUUGUUGGGUAGCCAAAGAAGGGACAGUGUGUUUGGUUUAGUAGUGACAUAUAUACAUAACAUCGAAGCAUUAACACGGAAACUAACAUAACUAUGCAUUAAAGUUGUUGCGAAUGUCAAAGGCGAUUACUACUUGACAUCUCCCUUACAUUGACAAUGUAAAGUGGUGUCUAGAAUUGCUCUCCGAUAAAAAAGAAGGCUGACAUUUCGAAAGAAUUUUAAAGAAAUGAUUUAAAAUCAUGGCAGAUGUCUUGCUUAGAAGUGGCUUGCAGAUGACGACAUUUUGUCAUUACGAAAUUCUGAAAAUUUGUCCUAAAUUUUUCGACGAAGUUUUUCUGCUGAAAUCUUAUGCGACGCAUUUUUUAGUGGCUAAGGAAUUGGUUUCUUUCUGUUUAAAACUGGACUGUACUGUCAACUUGGAACCCAUGUAGAGAAUGUCUGACCUCGAAUACAAAUAUAAUGGUGGAUGAUAGACUAUGUAAGCUCAACCAUAUGCCGGCCCCUCGUUACACUGUUAAAUCGUAAAUUUUUGUCAGUAGCUGUUUAUCCAUUUUGCACUCUGUAAGCUUUGUAAUUAACGGAAAACGUUUCCUUCAUUAGCCGCAAAGGAAUCUUGUUAGCAGUUAGUGACACCACCGUAAAAUGUUCAACUAAAAACGUGUUCAAAGAGCCAUAUAUUUUUGCUGGCAGCUUAUAUAUUCUGUAAUUUACCGCUGACCUUAGGAGCAGCAAAGUCGCGAAGAUUUGAAUUUUUGUUUGUUUUGCUAUUUAUCCUCUUAAAACCGCAUAGUUAAAGAAGAAGAGAAGCAGAAUUUUAAAAACUAAAUGAGUUGAGCAAUAUAUAAAUUUGCUACUUCUUGUUCUAGUUUUAAAAUCUCCCCGUGUUGAAGAAAUCAACAACCAACAUGUUUGAGGUCCGAAGAUUUUAGCAAUGAAAGGAACCAAUCAGACAAGCCAUCUUUUCCCUCCAGUUACUUUCAAUUUGCACCUGGAUAAAAUUUUUUUGCCUACCAUGGACGAAAGUGCUUGCUUCAAAUUUUCCUUAUCAUUUUGUAUGCAAACGAUGAUAAAUUAAAACAGAAAACGAAAAUGAAUUAAAGGAAAAAACUUUUACCCGGGUUCUACCAAAUAAAACUAGCAUUAUUAUAAAAAGCCAGUAAUUUUUGUCGACAUCGUAAUCAGUUUAGUAUUAAAGCAAGUCAUUAAAUCGUUUUCGAUGGGACUAGCUUUUCUUGCAUUUUUUGACUGUAGCAUUUUGUUCCAAUUUUUCUGUUUUUAAAAAGUUUUUAAGAAGAUCUUAUGUCAAAUUGGCUUUACAAGAAAAUAUCAUUGCCCAUGUUUUGUUGAUAUUUUUCGCCGAUAUUUUUUGCUAGUUAAUUAGCACAAUUAGAGUAACAGAAAGUAUUAAGAAGGUUUUAAAUGAUUUUCUUUUUGUGCACGCAUGAAUACAGUCUACUUUCAGUUUGUCAACUUUAAAAUUCACAACAUAAUAAGAGCUAAAAAAGAAGCAAAAUAGCUAGAUAUAAAAAAUAAUAAUGAAUACAAUAUUGUUUAUUUGUUAGUGGAUUGAUAAAAAACAGUUCCUUGUACCGGGCAAUUUUUACCUUCGUAUUUGCCAAAAAUGGAUCAUAGAAUUUGAAUCAUCAUGUUGAAAAUAGUCUGUGCCGAAAAUUUCAUGUUUUUUGGGCCGACAGGCAGCAAAUGAUCCUAUUUUCAAAUUUUAGCUUUUCCUAUAAAUUUCAAUGGAAUUUUUUCACUACAGCAGCAAAUUCCGAUCAAAUCAAACGAAAUAUCUAAACAUUCAAAACAAAUUAACUCGCGACCGAACUGUCCAAACAGCAUUAAGUUCUCAGUAUAAACUAAUUUCAAGACUAUGAUUUCAAAUCUGAAGUUGAUUUUUUGGAAAGGUCUGUAGAUAGGGAGAUACAGAAUCGAUGAUAUCAACCCGGAACGGUGAAUAGAAAUUUGUGUAACGAGAAUUCCUUAAAAAAGAAGAUAUCUUAGUGGCUAAUGGAAUAAAAUGAAUAAAUAAUUUUGUUUUGCUUAUAGUUUUUACUUAUCUGUACUUUACGACAUUUUGGGGAGUUAAUUCGAAAGGGGGUGCUCAGGUAACAAUGAUAUUUAUUAUCAUACUUUUAAAAUUAAGUAAAUUAUAGGGUAAUAAAUAAAGAAGGAACAGCUUAAACCAAAUUAUCAUUAUGUCCAAACGGAAGCCUCAUCAUAGCUUGUACCAAAAACUGUAUAUUCAAGAACAUUGGCCUAUACUUUUAACAUCCAUUUCUGCUUUCUCGUUUAAAAUCCAAACUUUUAUAAAACAACUCAUUCGAUUGAACGUCCCGAAGUGAGGCACUCAUUCAAGAGGGGUCGCUGAUUUUAGAAAUGCUUUCGGAAUGGGUCCCUUAUUUUAGAGGGGGCGUGAAAUGGAUUCGAUUUUCAGAGCCCAAAGCUACUGGUACGGAACAUUGAUUAAGAGUGAUUACGAGGGGGUGGGAGAGCGAGGCUCAAUCAAAAUGGGAAUUUUCAUUACAAAAACUGGCAAGAAAUGUUUACUGUGGUAUGUGAAAAACGUUUAACGCUAAAAACUACAAACUGGUCUACUUUCAAAGCACCGCAUUUGACAAAGAAUUAUCUGUAAUAUACUGGAAUCGAUAUGGGUUCAGAAGCUACUGAGUUAAAAACAAAUGUCACUCCUGCUGAUGAAGAUGUGGAUAUGAAAAACUUACCGGCUGUAACGAGUCCUAAUCAGUCCCCACCUAUUGUAGAUCCUUUUCGUAAAAGCAAAACUUUCAAGGGCACAAAAGAUAAAAAUGAAGCACGCGAUAAUCCUGUAAAACUAAAGAGGAGGCUAGAGCUAGUCGAAAAGGAGCUGAAAGACUCGAAACUUGAGAUCAAACGAUUGAAUUCAAGGUUAGACGAAGCGGAUAAAGAACGCCAAGAGAUGGCGGGGACGGUGAGCUCGAUGUAUGUUCAGCUACAAUACUGGAAUGCAUGGUUGGGAAAAUUAUCCUCUCGGUUCAAUAGACAAUUUGAAAAAGAUACAGAAAGCUCGAAGGAGCUAGCGGAUGUAGACAAUUCGACAGUUAAAAAUGAGGCCCCUUAUAAUAAUUCAGUCCCUGAAUUAAGUUUAGAAAUAGCUCAGGCAAAGACACUUUCUGCGAUAGAGAAAGAUGAAUUAGAAACAACAAAAACAGACACAAUUGAAGAAGUUGCAAAUAAUGACUCUGUUGCUGAAAUACUCAAAGAAACAGCUGAGAAUGCAUUUGCAAACACAGGCAUGUCAUAUGACGAAAAAAGUGGCCUUUAUUAUGACUGGAAUACGCACAUGUAUUAUGAUCCUACAACACAUUUGUUUUAUGACAAUGACAAUGGAAUUUAUUAUUAUUAUGACAAUACUAAAGGCAGUUAUGUAUUCUAUUCUCAAGUGAAUGUAAAGCAAAGCAAUGGAGGAGCAGCAAGUCCAUCAACCAAUAACGAUAAAAGUGAGGGAGAGUUGAGUAGUACUGAAAGUGAAACUGAACCAGAGAGUGUCCCAUGCAUCAGAGCCAUUGUGACAAAGUCAGAAACACUGAAAGAAGGAUCUUUAUACUUGGUGACAUGUUCUGGGGUGACAAUUGGAAGAGAUAAAAAGCAUGUGUUUAAUGUACCUGACAAAGAUGCAAGCAAAAACCAUGCUGAAAUUAAGUAUGUGGAGAAAGAUUCAAAAUACUUUAUCAAAGACAAAGGAAGUAUAAAUGGUACAUUUUUGAAUGAAAAAAGAUUAUCUGAUCAAAAGAAAGAGAGUGACUGGGUUCAAAUAAAUCAUAAAGAUUUUCUUAAAGUUGGUAACACUGCUUUUGCCCUUCAUGUGCAUCAGAAACAGGAAACCUGCGAUGGAUGUGAGCCAGGGCAAGUACAGGCAUUGUUAAUUGAAUCUAAACCUGUUGACUAUAGUACUUCAGUUUCAACCAAAGAGCGAGACAGAAAAAAGCAAUUGAAGGAACUGAAAAAUAAAUAUCUUGUCAAUGGUGAUGGUCUUAAGCAAGCACUAAAACCAAUGGAAGAGGGUAAAUAUACUGAUCGGGCUAAUAAAAGAAGAAAGAAUAUUGGCAGUGAGCCAAUAACAAAUGACAGGCCUGUCAUUGCAACAAAGGCUUCAGUUAAGAAAAUGAUACCGUCAGAAAACAAGGGUCAUCAAAUGAUGCAAAAGAUGGGAUGGAAAGUAGGCGAAGGUUUAGGGAAGCAAAGCACAGGCAUCACAGAGCCUAUUAAUGUGGUUGUCAGGGAGAAAAACAAAGGACUAGGGACGGGGGUUACAAAAUCAGUUGAUGAUAAUGACAAGGCGGGCAACUUUAGAUGGAAAAAAGCAAAGCAGAGGUAUGAUGAUAUUAUGCAAAAUGAAAACAAUGCAAGCAGGGUUCAGGAAGAAGUUAUUGAAGAUUUUGAUUUCUAAUGGUGUUUGUGAUUUGAAGUUACCUAACAAGUUUCAUGUUGAAAUAUUUCAAGAGUUUGUCCAAGAGACCUAUGUUGUGUAUGAUGAUUACCUGCAAUUUACAGGCAAUAUAGUAAUUGAUAAUUUACUAUGAGUAAGGGAUAUAAAUUAGAAAUUUAUAAUUUUAAAUUGUUGUUGUGUCUUCACGACAGCUAAUUCUUAGCUGUUAUUUAGCUAUUUCUUUGGGUUGUAAAUAAAAGGCUCAUAUUAAGCAUAAUCUCUGUCAGCCCCUCAUCAUUAAAUUUGAGAUGGUUUACCAUAAAUUUCAGUUAAUUAUAUACUAAGCCCAGUCUCUUUUAUAUCCAGAUUUUAAACCAGGCCUCUUUUUUUUAAUAGACUUAGCAGUUCUCUUGGAUUUAUAUUUAAGAAGCUGCUAAUGCUAGUUAUUUUUCAUUGAUGUAUCACAGAAUAAACAGGAAAAGCAAUUUUAUAACCUUGAUAUAGAAUAUUUGAUAAAGCCCCCCCCCCCCUCUGUAAUACGUCCCUCUCUUAUGAAGCACACUCUAGAACUUGGAAAUCAAACAAGCCCCUCUUGGGCUUAAUAAUGCUUUUUGGGUGUGUUGUGAUGUUAACUGCAAUUCAUUGUUCUGAUUUUGUACAUGAAUUCAGAAGAGCAUCCGAAUUGAAGAAUCAAGCUUCCUUUCUUUAAUUAAACGCUUUCUUUUGAAGAAUUUAAUUUCUCCCAAUAACGUGAAGUGUUUUAAUUUGUAGGACACCACCCACUAAAAGAGAUAUUGUGAUGACACAUAAUCGCAUGUCUUAACAAAGUUUAUAAUCGAAAAGCACCUUUUACAUAGAAAAAUCUUGUCUCUGACACUUUAGAGCGAUUUAUUGUAGUUUAAAACGAUAUGUACUCGAAAAGUCGCAUUUGAAACCAUACUUAAAAAAUCCGAAGUUAGGAUCAGAUUCCAUCUCAUUUCGGAUAUAUGGAAAGUUAUUGGCAUUUUUAACCGAAGGUUUUACUGGUUUUUGUUUGAAACUAAAAUCCCUCUGGUAGCGUGGACUAUCUCAGCCAACCUUUUAAAUAAGCAUUUGAGAGCUUAACCUUUUCCAAAUUGAAAUUGAUUGCUCUGAAUUGAAAGAUUUGUCAGUUAAUCACGGCAAAUGAUAUCUCCAAGGGCUUUAAUGUGGCGUUAUGGAAAAGAUUCCUUGUGAUAUGCGAUCAAACCUUUAAGUCCCAGGAACAAUUAACCUUGCUUGGUAACUAAGAGAGAAAUCCAUGGUGCUAAACCUCAAGGAACAUUUAGUAGAUUAGUCCAUAUUACUCAACCUUUCCCUUUUGUUAAUUCAAAUAUUUAUUACAUUAGAAAGUUGGACUUUACGCUGACAAAUUGCUAAACAUAAGGGUAGUUCAGAAAACACGUGGUUCCACAUAUGUAUAUCUACGACAAUUGUAAUGGACAACUUUACCAGUCAUGUGCUAGCGUUUUACUAAUUGGCUUACUUCGAUUCACAACUGGGUAGAUAUUUCCCAUCUUGUUCUUUCGCAACCUUAUUCUGACGUUUUGCACUCUCAGGGGUGUCAGACAAAAAAACUACAAGUAUGCUGUCAAAUGUUUGCUUUUUUCAAAACCAUUUUCAAAUUUUGUACCGGCAAAAAAUUGUUCAAAAUUGUUUGCCAAUUGAGUUGAUCAGCAAUCGAUAUGCUACAUUUUUACAACACUUGAAUUUGAAAAACAGCUUUGCCGAUGACCAUUAUCACUGUCACAUUCACUUAGCCUGAAUCUGUUAGCAAGUCUUCUCCAAAAAGUUUCUGGGCUAAGAAUUAACCACGAAUGGCUGGAAAUUUUCUAAUGUUGUCGGCUGCAAACCGUUAUUCUGAACAUCCUCGAGGUUUUUUCUACAAUUAUCGGGUCACCACCUAAGAAACUCUUUACACCCAAGAUUUUUUAUGAAAUGCGUGUAUCAUAUCACAAAUCAAGCCAUAGGUAAAACUUAAUAAUUAAAGAGCGGCUAUUUUUUCUUAAAUUCAAAUGGAGGCAGGGCGCUUUGUGUCGAUCCUUGUUACUAGCACGCCAUGCAAAACGGUCAUAUCGUUGCAGCAAUUAUUCAUUCCAUCAAUCAAUGGGCGAAGAAAGCUCUUACUGUACUUAAUUUCGUUAAUUAAAAGGAGGUGGGGAGCUUCCACCCGCAAAUAUGCAAAUAAACACUGGCUGUGUUGCAAUGUGACUGGGCCAUUAGGCCAUGUUUAUUAACUUUGUUAUGGAUAGGUCGAAAGCAAGAAGUCGGAAAACGGGAUGAAGUAAAUUGAGUUUGUCCUGGAACUAAGCUCGACAAAGUAGGCGGAUGCAAAUUGAUAGAAUUUUCUGAUAAACCCAUGGUUGCUUAAAUUAAAUCUAUUUUGCUUUCCCAGCCAAAGAUUGGCUGCAAGUUCUAUUGAAUCUGCUUGCUCAUAAUAGGAAUUACAGAGCACAUGGCUUUUUCCUAGGAUCCUUCCCAUCUAGGCCAAAUCCGCUUUUAGUCAUAAAUAGAUCGUAAUUGAUUGAGCGUGUCUCAAGCAACAAAGAGCUUGUUUUUCAUUUUGGCACAACAGAUGUUUUUCAUUUUUGAUCCUUACUACUGACGGUAAAUCAAAACAACGUCUGUGUUCGUCUUAUAAAGCUGGGAUCGCUGUCAUGAAGAAUUUGUCACGAUAAGCACAUCGGCAGAUGGGGAAAAUGGCUGUACGAUGUCUGUUGAUCAUAGCAUUUCUUCUCUUUGCGCUUGCUCAAGGCUUGGAAGGGAACAAAAAUGCAAAGGUGAAAAGCGGUUUUUUUCAACGCAAGACGCUUGCAGAAAUCAUUGCUAUCCUAACGGGCAAUGACGUGGAUGAGUCAUUAAUCGUGCUGCAGUGCAAGCAGUUCUGGAAGCUAUGUAGUGGCUAUUUUCAACAGAAUGGAAAAGAAAGUAGCCGCUUAGAGUCAAAACUGCAAGAGAGUGCUUUGCUUGCAAGCAAACUAAUUGCAAGGUAUGUUAGAGGGAAGAAAAAUCCAGCAAAAGGAGAAUCGGUCAUGGAAGAACUUUCAAACGAAAAGCGUCAGGUUCGUGGAGGAAAACGAGCUGAGGAUGCGAUUUGGUCACUGGAAAACGAAAGAGAUUCGAAAAAAGUUCUUCAGCUAUUGUAUAAGAUACAAAAUCCUUUAUCGAAGAGGCAGGUGAGAGGCGGCAAGCGAGCAUUAAAUCGUCAACAUAAAGGCGAAUAUUAUGGGAAAAUUGAAAAAUUAUGGAGAGGCAAAUCAAAAGAUACUACAUUUGGAAAACAAGGGGGUUUGUCAAGCUCCGAUCAGGACAAUAACGGUGGUGUCAGAAGUGUAACGAAUGAACAACCUGGUAUAAAGUGGAAAAAGAGACUAUUGGAAAGCAUUGCAAAAAGUUCUGACAAAAUAACGAAUCAUUGGGAUGAGCAUGAAGAUAACCUCUUCACGACGAAGAACUCUUUUCUGGCCGAAGAAGAUCCAACCGGGCAGGGAAUGUAAAUGCAGCAGGGACUGCCUUAGUAUGAAACUUAAGACAAUAAUUACGAAAAUUAACAAGAUGUUUUCUUAUUUGUAUUAAUAUUCAAUUCCUUCUCAUUUUUAUUCUUUUUCUUUUUUAAUAUGCACAUAAUGAUGCUGAGAAGGCGGCCUGUUGUACGGCUGGUGGCAAAAAGAUUAUCUGAGGGUGUUUACCAUAUCGUGAUUAACAAAUAACAACAAAAA